AUGUCGAACUUGGCAGGACGUGCCAAAGCUUGGGCCUUAGGGCUCAAACGUCAUGACCCAUACGUUUUCUUAACGUAUGGCGUUUUCAAGGCGCAGCUCAAACACACGUUUGAACUAACUCGCGCCGGAUUCAAGGCUCGGGCUGAGCUCCUGGAUUUGAAACAGGGUAAGCGUGAUAUAGACACUUACGCCCAACACGUACGAUACCUCGUUAGCUGUAUCGUACUGAACCCAAUCGAUGAACACACGCAGGUUACUGUGUUCAUCAAGGGUCUGACAGAUGGUCCUGUUAAGACCCACCUGUUCCGCUUGGAACUAGAAUCUCUAGAUCAAGUGAUCUCUGCAGCGGAACAGGAGGACUUUAGCCUGCAACAGGCUCACGUUCACUCGGGGUCCUAUCGUCCACCGAGACGACAGGAGGGCGGAGGGUACAAGCGAUUGCAAAAGUGCAAUCGCUGUCAGAAGUUGGUCCACUACGCUUAUGAGUGUAGUGCGCCACGCCCAGUGUCUCGUAACACUGGGAGUGAAGAUCGUCCGUCUGCCAAGAAGGGCCAGAAACGUGGUGGACCAUCAAAAAACGGUCGGGGUCAGUAG